CACCGUGUCAAAAAAAGAAAAAAAACAAAAAUUUUUCAAUCAAAUUUUGGUGUUUUUGAGAAAAAAAAUCCGAAUAGAAUGAUUUCCAUAAUUUUUUUAUUAAUCUGUCGUUGAGAAUGAAAGCUCACGACGAGAAAGGCCAUAGAAUUUCCAUAAAAUAACCCAUCUAUUAUUUGUUCACGUCGGUGUUCGCAAUUUGUUUUUCGUACACAGCUCUCUCUAUGAAAUUGAAAACAAAUUUCAAAUUGUUGAGUAUUAUCAAACUGUAAAUAAUUUGUUUGAAUUUUUUUUAUCGGCGUUAUAAAAAAACAUACACUAUUGACCCAAAUCUUUAUAUAAUUUCCACAAGAUUGGAAUUACCAGUUAAGAAGACAGUGGCGUGUUUCUAGACUUGGCUGAUAUGUACCAUGAAGGAUCCAUGGAAAAUGCAUCUUUGAAAGUUCCAUCCUUAAUCAUCGAACCAGAAUGGUAGACUUCCAGGAGGAUAAUUUUGAACAAAAAUUGCUCUCCCUCAAAGACACUCAAGACAGUAUUCAAUCGUUAUCAAUCUGGUGCUUGAAACAUCAAUCACAUCACAAGAAAGUCGUCGGUUGCUGGCUACAUGUCUUGAAAAAAGUCAAAGUUGAGCAACGAGUAACUUUAUUUUAUUUGGCCAACGAUGUCAUCCAGUACAGUAAACGGAAAGGGUUUCCUUUCGUCGAAAGUUGGGCAACAGCGCUGCAAAAAGCUACAACGUUGGUUCGAGAUGAUAAAGUGAAGCAUAAGAUUUUAAGACUGUUUAAAAUAUGGGAUGAACGAAACAUUUACGAUGAAACAUUUCUGGCUGAUUUAUCGGGUUUGUUGACUGCUCAUACCAAGAAAUCCAAUCAGCCUUCGACUGUCGAUCUUAUCUCAGAGUUUCAGCCAUCUCUGCUGUUUUCAAAAAUAAGAAAAUGUAAAGUAUUAGAAGAAGAUACAGAUUUAAAAUUGAAAAUAGUUAAGGAAAGUAAUGUUCCUAUGUCAGAUCUUGAUGCUUUGCAAGUCGUAGUCAAAGGUAAUCAUCGUUUCGUGAUACGAAAACGUAUCAUGUUGAAAUUCUGAUAAUAAAAAAUAAUGAUUUCAGAUCGACGGAAUGGCGAUGAUCUUUUACAAGAUAUCGAUGACGGUUUAGUGAAACUGGAAGCGUACACCAAAGCUUUAGAACUUGAAAUUAAGGAACGUAUCGAAGUAAUAAAUGUAUUAGAAGUCAGCGAGCAGUUCUACGAAACACAACGAGGCGAAGCCAAAGUUGUCUGUAAUGCUUAUCGUAAUUUCGGUAAUAGAAUAAAAACUUUAAAAAGGAAGCUAGAUGAAUUGUUACCUACGUUACCAAGUCCAGUGCCUUCGCCAGAUAUUAAUGCACCUUCGCCAUCCUCCGGCUCAGAUAUAGAAAUACCAGAUGAAAGUAGAACUGUUUAUGAUUCGGAGAAAUCGUUUAUCGGGACUGAUUUCGUUACUGCGAUGAAUAAUGCGAAUGAAAAGCAAUACCAAUAUCACCGGAGUAGUAUGGAUCAAAGUUACGACAUCGAGUCAAACCAGAGCCAGUACAGUGUUCAUUCUUUACCUAGUUACGAUACGUAUCAGCAACCUGGAGAUAUGACGAUGCGAAUGCCGGAAUAUUAUUCGAAUGGUACUCAUCCUAAUUUAAUAGAGAAUCGGGCUACGCCAGAAAAACAUUUCAACGAUCGUUUCUCGUAUCGACCCGAAAACAUGCGUAGUUACGAACAGGGGAAUCCGAUCGAAGUGAUCAAUUCGAGUACUGCAGACAAUCACGAAUUCAGCGUGGGCCAGUUCCUGCAGAAUUUGAUGACCCGAGACACCGCUCCGACUCCUGUACCGCCUGCUGAAUCGAAGAUACCCGGGUUAGAGUCACCUACAUCGAAUUCCCGAGAAGUAUUUAGCUUCAUCGAAUCGAAAGUGAAACAAGAAAACGUUGCUUUAUGGAACGAGAAGCCGAUGACAAAGUACCAGAGUUGGCCAUCACCCGAUAUCUCGUGGAAUCCUUCUCAAGAGACGCCAGUAUCGCCUCCAGCAUUCGAACGUGAAAGUUACUCGCAUCCUGUCGAGUACGUAGAUACGAAUCUCGACUCGAACAGAUUUCCUAAUCCGUUCGGUGGUGAUCAGAGAGGCAUCGACGUUGAUCACCGGCCACCUAUGGGGCAAAGAUUCGAAGGAGGCCAAGUGGACGCUAUACCGUUACCAAAACACGAUGUCGACGAUCGUUUACCUUUGAAGAAUUCGUUCGCUAAUCAUAAUCUUAUCUCGUUGACGGAAUCACCAUCUGUGAACGAUAAUUGGAAAUCUGAUUCGGAUUUCCGAGGCAUACCAAUGCCCCCGACGCCUCCUUGUAUCGGUGGAGACGGCGGUAAUCGAGUCUCGAAAACGCCUCAAGAUAACAUCGAGAGCGUCGAUAUGGAGAUGAGCGACGACGAAGAAGGUAAACACGAAGACAAAAAGAACGAUUCUAAUUCAUCGCAGAAUCGACACAGUAGAAAAGGUUCUGCGAAAGAAGAAGAACGUUCGAACGAACCACAGCAGCUGCAACCUCCUCCGAAUCCUUGGGAUUUGUUGAAUAUUCCGCUAGACGGCGAAGAUACGAAACCACCUUGUAAUUUUAUACCUAACGCCGGACCUGUUAUGCCUGGACCAGGUCCAGAAUUCAGUCAGUUUCCUAUGGCACCGAAUCCACGAGCUGUGCAUUUCGCUCCUCCUCCUCCGAUGCCUUUAAUGGGUAUACCUCCCGGUGAUCCGGCUAUGUUCAGGCCGAGAAUGGAUUUCCCCAGAUUACCUAAUCUCGCGAAUGGGUUCAAUGGACCGUUUAAUUUCAUGUCCAACGGACCGCCGCCUGGACCACCUCCAGGUCCACCUGGACCGCCCAGACCACCGAUGUUGUUUCCUCCUGGUGGACCCAGUAAUAUGACUCGAGCUCCUACCAAAGACUUUUCACCUCAGCAGUCAUUCAAUAACGAUAAUAAUUUUGUAAAUAAACAGAACGAUUAUCCGAUCAACAUGAACCCUAGAGAUAACCGUUUUCAUUCGAGACAGUUCGAAGAACAACAAGAUUUCCCACCUAAACAGCCUUCCAAACCAGUUCGUAGUAAUUUAAAAGAAAUAUCGUUAUCGGACGUAUUAGAAAAAACAAUGAACAGCUUAUCCGAGUCGAAAAAGGAAGCCGACGAAGCUGACGGCGUUAAUAGGUCAAUCGAAGGCAAGACCGAAGAAGAAGACACUGACAAGAAAGAUAUCGAUCUAUUUUCCGAAGAUAUCGAUCUAGGUGUUCACGAUGCAACACACGAUGACGGAGAUGAUCUAUAUAAUAAUAUUAUCGACGAAGCAGACGAAUCUCUUAGAUGUCUAAAUACGAGUAAACUGAAUACCGAAGAACAAAGACAUAAUUCUGUUUCCGAAGAUGAACCAAAUUUCUCGCAGAAUAAUAAUAACCUAAGCGGAUACGAAUUGGGAGAAAACGAGCUGAAUAAUUUCCACAGGGAUAAAAUGCACCGACCUAAAGCUCCGUUCCAAGCAACCGUUCCAAAACUUCCGAAACCGACCAUGGCUCCACCUAAUUUAAUGGACGAUUGCAAUAACGAGGAACGUAAUCCUUGGCCAAUGAUGCCAGUCAUCGAUUUAUCUCUCGAGAACAACGUGAUGCCGGAAUACGAUCCUGGUAUGAACACCUUAGACUUCGAACCGAACGACGACAGGUUUAAUCCGUUAGCGUUCCUCAAACCGAACGGAUCGCCUGAUUUUAGACCAAGAUUCGGUCGCGGUGGAGUAAACCUGAAUAACGAGUUCAGGCCACAUAAUAUGUUUUUGAAUAAUAAUCUGCGAGAUGGACGAUUCCCCAGUCCAGGAUCGCCGAUGGGACCUCGUAAAUUUUUCAAUAACUCGCCAAGGCAGGAUUUCAGACCUCGUGGUAUAAAUCAAGACUUCAGACCUCGCGGUAAUAUGACCCCCAGUCAAGAAUUCAGACCCAGGAUGAAUAUAACUCCUAAUCAAGAAUUCAGACCACGAUUAAGCUCUACACCGAGCAUGGAUUUCAGAGCUAUGAAUCCGGAUCAAAUGCGCAGAAUGACCAGACCACCGCCGGCUUUCUCGAGAUCUCCUGGUGCACCCAAUAUGCAGGCAAACUUCCAAAAUUCUCCCAGAAUGUUUAAAGGUGGACGACCCUUUCGAAGAGACGUGUUUUUUUCCUGAUUUUUUGAACCCCGUGUAGGUACGUUUCAAAACGUAAUUUUAAAUUUUUUUGAUUUUACUAUUGUCUAUGAAGAAAAUAUAUAUGCAUGUAUGUGUCUUGAAGAUCUUGUAGAGCUUGACGAUCUGUCCAUUUACAGUAACACACGUAUGAUCACGUAUCCUUCAUCAACUUUCUCAACGUUUUGUUUUUUGUUUUUUUUUUUUUUUUUGAUAAUAUUUAUUCUGCAAGUUUAUUAUUAUGUAAGGAAAUGAGCGAUGUUUUUCGGUGUAUAAAUUAUCCAUUAAGUAUUUUAUAUUUGUCUCUGGGAAGUUUAAUUAGUAUUGAACGCGAAUGUUUUAUGAAAUUUUUGAACCAUGAACGAAAAAAGUAUUGCGAGCAAGUGAGAAACGUUUUGGGCUUCGAUUCGAAUCAGAACGUUGCCUCGAGAUUGAUGAACAACGUUGACUUUACAGUAAACAAAUUUUUUAUUAUGGUUGAAAUCGGUACAAAUUUUUUCUGCAGCAUCCUUAAACAUUAUAAAUGUUAGGCAGUUAUUAUAAUUUAUCGUAUGUUUGUAUAGUUAAUAACGACUAUUGCGUUAAGAGUUACAUUACGGAUUGUUAAUUUAUUAUGGUAUUCGAUGAUGAAGCUAGUUUGUAUAUUACCAACUAAUUUAGUACCUUCUUUUUUUUUUAUUCGCGCGAAAAACUUAGGAAUUGAAAAUGUUAAUUCUUCGAGUCACCCUGUAAAAAAAAUGUUUUUGAUUUUGAACAUUGAAUUUGUUAUUUUCUAUGGUAAUAAAAUUUUCAAUUUAGA